AAAUGGCGUCCUCGGCUAUUCGCUCUCUCGGUCGACUGAACCCAACCACAACUGCGCUCUUUGUGUGUGACAUGCAAGAGGCCUUCAAGAAGAGCAUCCAGUACUUCCCUGAGAUUGUAACCAACACUGUUCGGAUGGUGGAGGCGGCUAAACUGCUGCAGAUGAGGAUUGUUGUCACGGAACAGUAUCCUAAAGGAUUAGGCCACACAGUGGAUGAAUUGAAAUCUGCGAUGCCCGAAUCCACUACCUACUUUGACAAGACUCUUUUCUCCAUGUGCAUUCCAACUGUCAUGGACAGUUCUUGUUAUUCGUCCACUGCGUCUUCCGAGAAGCUGACAGACGUGGUCCUGACGGGGAUCGAAAGCCAUGUGUGUGUGCUGCAGACGACUCUGGACCUGAUAGAAAAAGAUAUCAAUGUACACAUUGCUGCAGAUUGUGUCUCCUCCAGAAGUUUAAUUGACAGGAAAUUUGGACUGGACCGCCUGAUGCAAACUGGAGCUUUUAUUUCAACUUCCGAAAGUCUCAUUCUACAAUUAUGUAAAGACGCAAAGCAUCCUGCUUUCCGAUCGCUUCAGAAGUUGAUUUUGAACCCGACUUUGGACACUGCACUGUUGAGUAACAUUGAAGACAUGAGAGUCAAGAAAGAUUGAAAUAUCUAGAUUCUUCUAGAAUAUUCCCAUAAUGCCUUACGAUGUUUCUAGUUUUAUCCUGAAAUUUGUUCUGGUAUUGAUGAGGAUCAUUAAUUUUUUUAAUGAGUUUAAUGUGCCUUAAAUUUGAUGGUAAUCCAGAAUUUUGAUUUUGAAACAAGAUGGGGCUAUUUUGAUGUUUUGUUGUA